GCGUCAGUCGUCGAUCGAGCUUAAGCACGUCGAGUUAAACCCACGAACCCGCUGUGUAACAUCUUCAAAUUAUCGCAAAUAGGAUUAAGCAUGAGAUUGCUAGGUUUGGUGCUGUUGAUUGCAGCGCUGGGCAGCGCACAGGAUGCAGCGCAACAACAGCAGGCGACAGUUGUCAGCGGCGAUGCAGCAGCUGCCACUGUCGAUAGCUUAACGGAUGCCUCAGACACGCCCACGGACACCACAAAUGGAACAGCAACGGAUGCGGCUGGAACUAAGCCACGUUUCCCCACACGGGACGAGAUCCUCGGCCAGAUGCCUCCGGUGUUGCCGGUGCGCAGCGGCAUUCCUCCGGUUGAUGCCUUUUACUUGAUGUUCCCCGCCCUCAGCAGCCUGCUGCGUUGGGGUAGCCUCUUCCCCGCCCAGUCCAUUCUGGGUGCCAUGCCCGACAAUCUGCAGCAGUCGGCCUCCAAGGUGGUCCUCGUGCUGGCCGACGAUGCGAAUGCCCAGAAGUCGCGUGUCACCCGCCAGAAUGCGCCGAUUGUGCCGCCGAAUCCAUUGAAUGCACCCGUGAUGUUGCAGCAGCUGCUCAGCCAAAUGCCACAGCCUAAUCUCGGCCAGAGUUGGCUGCCCGAUGGUCUGGUGGGACAAAUGCCGCCACUGCCGGCACUGCCCAACAUACAGGACUUUAAUCUUGGUCAACCACUUGCGGGUCUACAAUUGCCACCCCUCGAUGGUCUCUUGGGUGCACCGCCGCCAGCUCCAGCUACCGUAACCCCCCCUCCACCACCGGCAGCUGCAGCCAAGGCUGCCACCGAUGAUGUGGCUCAGGCGCCGCCCGCUGUGGCCCAAGCACCACCGGCGCCAUUUGCCGGCUUUUUCGACGGCACCAACAACAUGCUCGGCAGCGCCUUGGCUGCCAUGCCCCAAGCACCCACACCCGAUGCCUUCAUGGCUGGUCUACGUCAAUUCUGGCCAGGAGCAGCGCCCGCUGCCGCAGCCGAUGCGACCGCUCAAGCUUCGGACAUCUCGGAGGUGCGUGUGAAACCCGAAACGCCUGAAAGCAGCAGCAUCAUCAACUACAGAGAUCCAGAGCAAAGGGAGGCGCAGUUGGCACAGCUCAAGCUGAAGUCAGCGCUGCAAAUGGAGCAGGAUAAACAGCGUGUGCCAUUGCUGUGGUUCCGCAUGCCAGCAACGAGCAGCAACACGAAGACUACGAACAGUCCCACGGAACAGCGCGAGAUUGAGACGAAACUGCAAAUGUUUGAGCGUCAGGUGAUUGCCGAAUUGAAGCUGCUGCAGCAGAUUGAGGCUCUAGCUCGCGAGAUGCGCGCCAAUGCACAGGAAGGAGGACGUCAGCAGCAGCAGCAGCCGUCUUACAAGCUGCGUUAUCCUUUGAGUCGGACUCCGGUGCAUAAGAUCACACGAUCGGACAUUGAGCGUGCGCUGCGCGAUGAUUAUGUGCGACGUCUGUUGAACAAGGAAGCGCAACGCAAGGUGCAGGGAAGCGCUGCGUUCAAGCGUCAGGCGACAACGCCACAGCAAACGCUCUCCAAGGAGGACAUCGUCAACGUGAUGGCCUAUGCUUACAGGUUGGCCAACGAGAAGCAACGCGCAGCAGCCACAGCUGAGGCGACGCCACAAAUGCAACAACAGCAGCGACAAUUUGAUGCGGCAGAGCAGCAGGCAGUCAAGGAGAAGACGCAACAGCAGCAGCAGCAACAGGAGAUGAUCAUGCGUCAGAUGAUGUCGCAGCCAAUGGAACAGCAGCAGCAACAGUUGCUGAUGCAACGUCAGUGGAUGGAGGAGCAGGCAAAGCGACAGCAGCAACAGGCACAACAGGAAGCCAUGGCCAGGCAAAUGGAGACGAUGCAACGCCAGGCAGCGAUCGAUCAGCAGCAACAGCAACAGUUGGCGGAACGUCAAUGGGCGGAUGCCAAAAUGCGGGCUAUGCAGCAGCAACGUCAGUGGACGGAGGAGACGAUGAAGCUGAAGCAGCAACAGCAGCAGCUGCAGCAACAGGCGCAACAGCAACGUCAGUGGACAGAGGAGGCAAUGAAGCAGCAAACAAUGCAGCAGCAACAACAGCAACCAGGCAUGGAGCAACAGCAACAGCUGCGUCAAUGGGAACAGCCAGCGGAGCGUCAAUGGGCAGAUGAGAAGAUGAAGGCCAUGAGGCAGCAGGCAGAGCAACAGCGUCAGUGGUCAGAGGAGUCCAUAAGACAGCAACAACAACAGCAGCAACGGCAGCAGCAACAAGCGGAGCAGCAACAGCAAAUGCGUCAAUGGACAGAAGAUGCCACAAAGUUGAAGCAACAGCAACAAGCUGAGCAAAUGCGUCAAUGGACAGAAGAUGCCACAAAGUUGAAGCAACAACAACAGCAACAAGCAGAACAACAACAGUUGCGUCAAUGGGAACAAGCCGAAGAUCAACAGCAGCAGCCACGUCAGUGGACGGAAGAUGCGACAAAGGUGAAGCAACAGGAGCAGCAGCAACAAGCGGAGCAACAACCAAUGCGCAUGGAGACGGACGGCGAUGGCCUGAUGGUGGGUGAGGCGACGCCACAAAUGCCGGAAACCGAUGGCAAGGAGCGUCACAAAGUCGACGUUUUGGGUUUGGGCGGCAAUCAUCACAAGAAGGUCAAGUCAAAGGUCGCACCAACGAUCAUCAAUUACUAUCAGCAGGCACCACCACCACGUCCAGUUGCCUAUCAAUAUGCCCCACCGGCUCCAAGCAGCUAUGGCACCAGCUAUGGCGGCGGCGGUUACGGAUCGAAUGCCUACGGUGGCUACCGGGCGGCAGUCGGCAAUGAUGCGAUCGACAGCAUGCUGCGCGAACAUCAGGUCUUGGCGGCGGCAAUAAAACCUCCCACCGAUGACAACAGCAACAGCAACACGACCACAGCAACUUUGACGACCGACGACGACAACAACAAUCAUCGCAUACAGAAAAGUCAAUCAUCAGCAUCAACAUCAACAUCAUCACAUCCAUCAGCCACAACCACAACCACAUCCACAUCUUCGACUGGCGAGGAAAGCGACGCUUUGCUAGGAGCCCCGAAGGGUUUCAGCGACAACCUGCUGCGUCCCUACAUGGGUCUCUUGCCCAUCGCCCAGCCCCACGAUCCCUGGACGGAGAAAGCCUUUAAUCCCCAGCAUGCGCUCUACGGCGGUGGUGGCAGCUAUGAACCGUAUUUGCGACCCCGUCGGGACACUCACAUUAUGCCGACGCCGGUGCAAAGUCAUCAGCUUCUGACGCCGGGCAUGCUCGAGCGUCUGUUGCGCAUUAAGGCGGAGUUUCAGCGACGGUUUCCGCAUCUCUAUCAGGGCAUGCUCAAUCAUCAAACGAAUCAGACGCGUGUCGUUGUUAAGCCGCCGUUGCUGGUACGCAACGAACCGAAACUUAAAAGCGAUUCAACGCCUGUCUACGAGCUGGGAGCUGCGGAGCGAGGACUUUUCGAUGAGCCAAGCAGCGAUGUGGAAGCAACUAGCGAACGCAUCGUUGAGAAGAAAAAUAAACAACACCGAGGCGACGACAACGACGACGAUGAUGUGGAUUUCUUCCGCUUUGAGGAUGAGGAUUUGGAAGACAACAACGAUCAUGAUCAUCACAACAACGAUAACGAUAAGGAUGUUGAGCCUUUUGAUGACUAAACUGACAGCUAUUAUCCAAUAUUAUGUACGCAACAAAUAAACGAGAAACUAGAAAUGUAUAAAACUAUAAAAAAAAUU